AUGACUUCCUUUUAUGACGAACUCGAAAUUGAAGAUUUUGAAUUUGACGAGGAGACACAAACAUAUCAUUAUCCUUGUCCUUGUGGUGAUAGAUUCCAAAUCACCGUGGCGGAGUUAAUAGAUGGUGAAGAAAUAGCAAGAUGUCCAAGUUGUUCACUGAUGGUGCGUGUUAUCUAUGAUCCGGAUGAUUUCCAAGACGAUGAUGGAGAGACAACGAUAGACCUCACCAAGCAACGAGUUAUCACCGUAUAA